GAGGGUUUCAAAUUACGAGCCUACCAGGAUGAGAUGCUGGCAGAGAGUCUAAAGCGAAACACCAUCAUUGUGCUGAAUACCGGAGCCGGGAAAACGCAUAUAGCCCUUGCUAGAACAAGAGCCGAGCUGGAACUGGAACAAUCAGACACGCUUGUAUGGUUUCUUGCACCCACAGUCGCUCUUUGUCAUCAACAUCACAAGUCCAUCACGACAAACUUGCCGGCAUAUCAAACAAGGCUCCUGACAAGCGAAGAUGGCGUUGACCGAUGGACUGAUCAAACAGUCUGGGACGGCGUUCUCAAGGAUAUGAAAAUCGUUGUCAGCACGUACGGAGUCCUCCACGACGCUCUCUGUCACGGUUUCGUUGCGAUGCGAAAACUCUCUCUGUGCAUCUUCGAUGAAGCACACCAUUGCACCAAGAAACAUGCUUCCAACAUGAUCAUGCAGCAGUUCUAUCGACCGGCCAAGAGUGCUGGCCAGCCAGUACCUCGGAUCCUAGGAUUGAGUGCUAGUCCGGUAAUGAACGCCAAAGCUGGAGAACUGGAAGUGCUGGAAGCGAAUAUGGAUAGCCAUGCAAUUACACCACGACUUCACAGAUCAGAGUUGAUGCAGUAUGUGCAUAUUCCGGAACUCAUCAGGCGAUCCUUCGAGAGUAAAGAAGCACCCGAUUCACCUGGAACAUUGCGAGAAGCUCUUACUACUCUGAUACAUCUUUACAAGAUACGCGAAGACCCAUACCUCCUCGAAAUUGUGCAAACCGGAGGUCCUGACACGCAAGCCAAAGUGAGCCAGAUUCUCAUGUCGCGAAAGACUUAUUGUACAGAACAGCUUUUCGCGCUUAGAAAGCGUGCAGAAGUCAUUGCUCGAGAUAUCAGCCCGUCCGCGGCCGAAACAUACAUUCAGGCUUGUCGUGACAAGUUUCUGGCAGGUGUCCAACAAAACGAUGUGUCUUGGAUGCCGGAUCUCUCAGAUAAGGAGAAGAGCCACCUCGCGAAGCUCAUGACGAAUCUGAGUGUAAACCCAGUUCCCUCAGACGACAUACUGAGUCCCAAACUUCAGCUGCUUUUGGACAUCCUAAAGGCAGAGUCUGGACCAUCCUUCACUGGCAUCGUUUUUGUUGAGCAAAGAGCUGUUGUCGCCGCUCUGGAAGAGUACUUCUCUUCCGUGCCGGAACUAUCAAAAUCGUUCGAUGUCAGCACUUUCGUUGGAGGUUCCAACUCGUCCAAGAAGAAAUCAAAUAUUGGCGACAUCAACGAUUUGAAAGCACAGCAACAGACACUGGACGACUUUCGCAUAGGUAAGAAGAACCUGAUCAUUGCUACAAGCGUGCUCGAGGAAGGCAUCGACAUCUCUUCAUGUCAAACAGUCAUUUGCUUCGAUGCUCCUCUCAACCUGGUUUCAUUCGUCCAAAGACGUGGCAGAGCAAGAAAGAAGGACUCGAAAUAUAUCAUUCUGCUCGCCGAUGACGACUCCAAAGGUGAGCCAGCCAAGUGGAAUCACCUGGAGGAUCGAAUGAAGGCGGCAUACGAGGACGAAUACAGAAAUGCUCAGCUGGCAGCUCAACUAGAGCAAACUCACGAGUCAGAAGACAGGAAGUAUGUGGUGCCAAUUACUGGAGCUCUUCUUACUCUUGACAACGCAAAGUCGCACCUCAAUCACUUCUGCGCUACGCUUCAGACCGGUAGCCACGUCAACCAUCGACCCAUCUUCGAGUGUCGAGCUGAUGCAGAAGUUCUGGUUACAGCCAAAGUACUUCUACCGUCUUCUGUGGACAGGAAGUAUCGAACGGCCACCAGUGCGCAUAGCUGGAAGACGGAAAGGGCAGCCAUGAAAGAUGCAGCUUUUCAAGCUUGUGUAGCAUUGCACCGUGGAGGUCUACUCAACGACCAUUUGCUUCCACCUCAUAUCCAGACUGCAGACCAAGCACGACAGGAACGCCCUGGUCUCAUUAAAGUCGCACCAAAGAUGAAUCCUUGGUCAUCGGAAACUCCCAAUUCUUGGUUCAGACAUGUGGUUGCGCUUGAGAUAGAGGGACAGCCUAGUGUUUCUAUGGCGAUGUUCUUGCCUUUCGAGUGUCCUCAGAUUGACGAUAUUGCUCUACAUUGGAGCAUGUGGGUGAAGGGUGUUGCAAACAUCGGCCUCGGUCAAGUAUGUACAUUGAACCAUAAGGAAAUCGACCAAAAACAGCGAGAUACGGAGACUAUGCUUCUCUCAGUGUUCGCACCUGCCGAUAUCGCAGAUGCAAGGGGCAAAUAUGCAGCAAUAUUUGAACCAUUGGAUUCUCCCAUUCCAUCAAGCAGCGAAAGUCUGCCAGCUUACGAGGUUCUCUCCAAAGUGCAAUCCGCCUCAGACGUGGGCCUUGUACAAAUAAGCGGACAACAGGGGCGCAGUUACGUUUUUCAGAGUAUCUCAGGCCAAAGUCAGCAAAUUCUUGAAGUCACCAGAUUUCCGAAGAAACGCGACUUCCUGACUCGACCUUUGGAGGAAUCCAAGAAGAAUCAGCUUACUCAAGAGGCACUGGCUACGUCACAAUGCACAAUCAACACUCUACCAGCGAGAUAUUCGUUCUUCGCUGCCUGUAUUCCUUCAAUCCUACACAAAGUCGAAACUGCUGUUCUCGCUGCACGUCUGCAAAACACGCUUCUCAAACCUGUGGGUAUCAAGAGCCUCCAACUCAUCAUCGAAGCCACCACAUCGGGUAAUGCCGACUUCACUGCCAGCUAUGAGAGACUCGAGUAUCUAGGCGAUGCUGUUCUGAAAUACUGCACGCAUGUCCAAUUAGCAGCCCGACAUUCCGAGUGGCCAGAAAGCUACUUGACGGCUGAAAAGGGAAGGACCAACGGUAAUGCCUCCCUCUCUCGUGCAGCUUUGAGCAGCGGAGUGGACAGAUUCAUCAACACAACUAAGUUCACCGGCAAUCAUUGGAAACCGCCUAUGCUGUCUACUGGUCAAAUAGAGAACAAGGACAAAACAGUGGACAGGAGUACAAAAACACUAGCAGAUGUGGUGGAAGCAUUGAUCGGAGCUUCUUACAUCGAUCAAGGUCUUGAAGGUGCAUUGGCUUGCAUCCGAAUCUUCCUGCCCAAGGAACAGUGGCUGUCCCACCCAAAAUGCAUCUCAACUCUACUCUCUCAAUUGCCCUCUCUACCUUCCAUUCCACCAUUCCUGACCACAGUCGAAGGUCUCAUCGGCUACAGAUUCGCCAACUCUUCAUUGCUGCUGGAAGCAUUAACCCACUCUUCAUUCUCCUCCAACGACGCCCCUUCUUACGAAAGACUUGAAUUCUUAGGAGAUGCCGUACUCGACCAACUCCUCGUUCCCGCAAUCUUCUCCGCAAAACCGGCGUUGAAGAACCAUGAAAUGCAUAGGAUGAGACAAGCACUAGCCAACGCCCACAUACUCGGAAUCUGCUGUUUGAAGCAUUCUCUUGCUGCGUCUCGCUUGGAGCCCACGCUGAAUGAGUCCGGCGAGGUGGGUUUAGAGCAAUCUGCACAUAUCUACCAUCUACAUUCUUUCCUUCGCUGUGGCAUCAGUGUGCAGAAACAGCGACAAGCGGCACUGGAUAGAUAUGCUUCUCUCCGCAGCACAAUCCUGCAACAAUUGGAUCAAGGCCACGAGUACCCGUGGCCCGAUAUGCUGCGUCUCGGCCUCCACAGAUCCUGUAAGUGGCUCUCUGACAUUGUCGAGUCAGUCCUCGGUGCCAUCUACAUUGAUUCCUCCGGCGACCUCUCUGCCUGCAGCACCUUCGUCUCCAAACUCGGUCUGUUUAAACUGCUCGAUAGAUUCCUUGAUGAAGGCGUUCAAGUGGGCUUUCCAAGGGAGCGGCUCGGGUUGAUGGCCAAUGAGAAGGAAGUGCAGUAU